GUUUAUAUAAAUGCGUUUCAUCAAAUAAUGCAUUGUUAUCAGUUAAUGAAGUUGGAUACUGAGUUAUAAUCAAUAAUCACUGUAAAUUAUAAGAAAAAAGUGUUUGUCGUUAUAAGCAAAAGCAUGCUUCAAACACGUUCGUUGAAUUUUCGAACUCUGACGAGUUUGCAAAAACGUUUUUACGCUUCAACCAAAGACGUGUUGGGUGACAUUGAAGUCGAGGAAGUGCCGGUUUAUGAUGUAGAACCCAAACACAGUGUCGACGACCUAGAAAUAAUUAGAAACAAGUCGAGGCUUGAGCCUAACCAUCGCAAAAUUUUGCAUGGUCAAGCUCCUUACGAAGAGGCUCGGGAGUAUUACCACAAUGAGGUGUGGUACAGGAAAAAAGUUCUGGGAACGUGGGGUAUGAACAAUCCUAUGGCUAAUCCCAAGUACUGCUGGCCCACCAAAGAGGAAGUCGAGGACAUUAAGGAGUACGAGCGAGUUCUUUACCCAAACACAAUUCAAGAAGUUUGGAAACAAAUCGAAGAGAAAAAGAUUGCAGACGCCUUGACAAUUAAACAGAGAGAGGAAGAAAUUGCCAAAGUGGUAGCCAAUUUCGGCAAGUGGGAAGCCGAAUUGAAAGCCAAAAUUGCCAAGAAAGAGGCAGAGUUACUUGAAGCAAAACAACGAAAAGAAGCUGUGUUGGAAGAAAUUCGUGAACACUUUGGUUUUCAAAUUGAUGCAAAGGAUGAAAGAUUCCAGGAAAUGUUGGAACAAAAAGAAAAAGAAGACAAAAAACGAAAGAAGGAAGAGAAAAAGAAGAAGAAACACGAAAGGUUUAUCAUGUCCAUGAAUAAACAAAUGGAAGCAGCAAAAUUAAAGGAAGAACAGGACAAGUUGAAAGUAGCAAGUGAAAAUGAGCACGACAGCGCAAAAAAAGUAGAAGAGGAAGUAAAGAAUGACCAGGAGAACCCCAAGGAUCAAAGUAAUAAAACGGAUUAACUGUAAAUGAAGUCAUUUGUAUGAAUUGUUAAAUAUAUAUGUAAUUAAUUAAAAUACUUUUAAACUA